UGGGAGAGCGUAAGGAUGCCGCUGGCCAGGAGGAUUGGGUGCAAAGACGGGGGGCGGAGCCAUGCCUCUCUGAUCCAAUCACUGGCUUCCACGUUCAGCUGGUCUCCACGGCGACGUGGAACUCCCGCCCCUACGUCCUCUCCCUUAAGCGCUCGGAGAGCUCGAGAGGAAACCGGAAAUGAGCAGGGCAGGAGGCGGGGGAAGUACUGGAAUGAAGGGGACGGGACUUCCGGCUCCUCCCGGGAAGUGACGCAACAGUCGCGGCCUCAGGCAGGUAGAGCGGCCGGUGACUCCAAGUGCCGACGCGGCCCGAACCCGGCCCGGGCCCCGGGGCGGCCGCCGCUUCCGGGGACAGGCCCCCGGGGGCCGGCGGCGGGGGCAGUGAGCUUCCUGUUUGGCGAAAGGAGGCAGAGGUCCGAGUUCAUCAUCUCCGACGUGGACUGGACAAUCGGCCUUCGAGGCCAGCCUGUCCCCAACCUUGGAAUCAUGUUUGCUGACAUGGAUUAUGACAUUGAGGAGGAUAAGCUCGGCAUCCCCACAGUUCCUGGGACCGUGACGCUGCAGAAGGAUUCACAGAACCUGAUCGGGAUCAGCAUUGGGGGAGGGGCUUUGUACUGCCCCUGCCUCUACAUUGUCCAGGUUUUCGAUAACACCCCUGCAGCCAUCGACGGCACUGUCGCGGCUGGCGAUGAGAUCACCGGUGUCAAUGGCAGAUCGGUCAAGGGGAAGACCAAGGUGGAGGUGGCCAAGAUGAUCCAGGUCGUGAAGGGUGAAGUGACGAUUCAUUACAACAAGCUCCAAGCCGACCCUAAGCAGGGCAAGUCCUUGGACAUUGUGUUGAAGAAGGUGAAACACCGGCUGGUGGAGAACAUGAGCUCGGGCACAGCGGACGCUCUGGGCCUGAGCCGGGCCAUCCUGUGCAAUGAUGGUCUGGUGAAGAGGCUAGAAGAGCUGGAGCGGACGGCCGAGCUGUACAAAGGUAUGACCGAGCACACCAAGAGCCUUCUGCGAGCCUUCUUUGACUUGUCCCAGACGCACCGAGCCUUUGGAGACGUCUUCUCAGUGAUUGGGGUCCGCGAGCCCCAGCCAGCAGCCAGCGAGGCCUUUGUGAAGUUUGCAGAAGCCCACCGUAAUAUCGAGAAGUUUGGGAUCCGGCUCUUGAAAACCAUCAAACCCAUGCUGACAGAUCUGAACACGUACCUCAACAAAGCCAUCCCUGACACCCGCCUCACCAUUAAGAAAUACCUGGAUGUGAAGUUUGAGUACCUGUCUUACUGCCUGAAGGUGAAAGAGAUGGAUGACGAGGAGUAUAGCUGCAUUGCUCUUGGGGAGCCCCUGUACCGCGUAAGCACUGGCAACUAUGAGUACCGCCUCAUUCUGCGAUGCCGCCAGGAGGCCCGGUCACGUUUUGCCAAAAUGAGGAAGGAUGUGCUGGAGAAGAUCGAGCUGUUGGACCAGAAACACGUCCAGGACAUCGUGUUCCAGCUGCAGCGCUUCGUCUCCACCAUGUCCAAGUACUAUGACGACUGCUAUGCCGCCUUGCGGGACGCGGACGUCUUCCCCAUCGAGGUGGACCUGGCCCGGACCACCCUGGCCUACGGCCAGAAGGACCUCUACACCGAGGAUGAGGAUGAGGAGGGGGGGGCUGCCGCUGCGGGGGAGCCCCAGGGGCCACGAGGCUGCCAAGAGGAGAAUGGGGAGAAGCUCAUUGACAUGCCCGAGUGACCCCCACGCCCCCAGGUGGGGUGCAGGGCUGGUGAGGGCUGGGAGGCCUGGAGGGGAGACAUGGGCCCGCUGCCCAAGGCAACUCAUAAAGAACUGCUGGUGUGGGGGCUGACGUCUCAUCUCUGCCUCUGUCCCAGGCCAGCUGAGGGGCCCAGCCUCAGUUUCCCCCACUGCCAGGCUGUGGCAUCCCCCUGGGCCCCUAGUCAUUACCCAUUCAGUGUCUCCUCCCCAGCUGGGGGGGGGGAGAAGGAAGGAGAGAAAAGACCCGUCCCCAAGGGUGAGGGUGGGUGUGGGGCCGUGCCGUGGUCCCCCUUUGAAUCUCCUGAACUUUACUCAGGGAGGGGCCCCUUCCCUUCUCUCUGCCCUAAUCUGGCCACCCCCCUUCCGGUUUCUAAUCCUUCCUGGCUGGAGUGGGGGGGUCAGUAGAGGCCAGACCCCUCCUCUGCUGGGGCCAGGGCUGCCUUUCCCAGCCUCCUUGCUUCUGGGAGGGUGGGGGAGGCAGCUUCGCUUAGCUUUCCCCCUCUGCUCUGAAAGUGGGCCAGCCCCCCAAGGUUCCACUGUGGUAGGGGGGUGACCAGACCUCACACUCAGGGGUGCCCCUUAUUUAUUAAGCUCUCCCUGCCCCUCUGCUUGUGCUCUGGGGCUCUGGUGCCUUGGGCUGAGGCUGGGGGUCGGGGUCCGGGGAGGGGGGUUGGGAAUCCUGUACUUUAAUAAAGAGAAAGCUGGAUUGUGACUUUUCAGUGACUGCCCCUUCUGGGCUAAGUGAGGGAGGCUGGAAAUUCAAGGCCACAAACCCCCUUAAACUGACCUCUCCUCUCCCCACCUGGUGCCUGCCCUGCUUCCUCCCACGCUCCCCCGCUGCCGCCCAGACCUGGGGCGGGCCUCCUUGCAGAGGCAGCUCUAGACCAGGUGCAGUCCUGCCCCUUUCCCUCACUGUACCUGCCUCUCUUUCCAGAUUGGAAUGUUUGUUAGGGCUCCAUCUGCUGACCACACCCCCGCAACAACAGCCUGCCCCCAGGGGCCAGAGCACAUCUCUAAAAAAAAAAGUUUUUAUUGAUGCCUUUUGCCUUCAUUUCCCAUUCGCCUCCCCGUGGAGCUCUCCUUUGUUAAUCAGAAGCGUCUCAGGAGAGCCAGCACCCUCUGACUGUGUCGCGGAAGGAGGGAGCCACGUUUCCUCCACUCUCAGGACCCAGCGUGGCCAUGGCUUGUUUUUAAAUGUUUAAGUGUCCUUCAUGUGUCUUGUGUCACCAGAGCUUCCCUAGCAUCCCUUCCCCUCCAGAGAGCCAUUCUUUUAACAGAGAACUUUUUAAAGACAAGAAGAAGAGGAAAAAGGCAGAGUAAUUGAGCUGAGAACCUGCCUCCCCCGGGGUCUCCCCUCCCACACCCCACUGGGGUCUUGUUUGUGAUUUUGCAGCCUUCACUUUGGACUGUUUGUGGUCCUUUCCAUUUACGCCGUGGUCGCUGGGUCGAUUAUCUUCCAGGCCCUGCCGCUUCCCUCCGCAUCAGUUCAUUCAGAUCUUCCCGGGCUUCUCGGCAUUGAUCCACCCACGUUUCCUACAGCACGGUCACAGUCCAUUCCAUUCCCAUACAUUUAAGAGAAUUCCUUUAGCCGGUCCCCAUUUGAUGGGCCUCUCCUUUGUUUCCAAAUCUUAGCCGUCACAGAAAGUGCUGCUGUAAACAUCUUGGUGUUCAUGGGGAUUUUUCUUAUUGUUGACGGCCUUAUGAAUAAAACGUAGGAGCGGAAUCUCUGGGUCAAGGGUGAACGUUUCCGUCACUGUAGUUGUAGAAGUCUCCGUUAUUUUCCAGGGUGAUUAUACGGAUCCACAGCUCGGCCAGUGGCCUAGUGUGCUUGUCUCCCCUAACUCCUCAGCCUUGACCUUUCCCAUCUUCCACCUUUCUUCCGGUUUUCUGGGUGUGAAGUAAAACUUCGGGUUGUUUGAUUUGCA